AUGUCAGGCUCAGUAACGUUCAAUACUUCUAUGGGAAAAAUUACAUUUGAAUUAUAUUGGGAUCAUGCACCGAAAACUUGCAAAAACUUUCAUGAAUUGGCAAAGCGUGGGUAUUACAACAAUGUCAUUUUUCAUAGAAUAAUUCCGGAUUUCAUAAUACAAGGCGGUGACCCAACCGGAACUGGUCGGGGAG